UGUGUUUGAUUGCAGCUUAUCCACUCCAACUUCGACUCCAAAUACAAAGCGAAGCGAUCGUUGCCGAGAUCAGGCCUGACUCCGCACUAAUCCUGGGUCAUGCUAGACGUGUAUCUGUCGACCUGACAUCAUGCUGAUCGGACCCAUAGCACAAAGAUAACGCUUUGGGGCUCAACAUUCCAGUAACCGUUGCGCAAAUCGAUAACCUCACGUCCCAGGCGGCUUUGUACAAGCGCGAACACUUGAGAUUUCAACAACUUCACCAUAAUCAUUGGCGUGUGGUAGCUACCAGCUCCAGCUUCGUCUGUACUUGCCUGCAUAUAUAUUUAUCCCUAUAUAGAUGGCAUCGAUUGUGAAGCAUUUGCUUGGCGUUGCUGUAAUCACUGGCGCAGGCGGCACAGGCAUUGGUGCAGCCGUAGCUAAGGGCUUUGCUCGAUCUGGUUGCACAAGGAUCGCCAUAACAGAUAUCAAUUCGAAAACCCUUUCACAAACGAAGGAGGCUAUCCUGUCCGUUAAUCCCUCAGUCAGAAUACUCGACAGAUCGGGAGACAUAGCCGACGAGAUUUUUAUCGAUUCGUUUCAUGAGGAAGUGUUCAGCAGAUUCUCAAGACUUGACUAUGCGGUAAAUUGUGCGGGUGUACUAGGGAGCAAGACACUGAAAGCGGUGGAGAUGGAGACGGGGGAAUUUGAUCGGUUGAACAGUAUCAACUAUCGUGGUUCAUGGCUCAGCUGUCGGGCGCAGCUAAGGAACAUGCUCAAGCAAGAGCCUCUAGACGAGCAGCCAAAACAGAGGGGCGCCAUUGUGAACAUUGCGAGUCAACUAGGCAUAGUUGGCAGGCCUGGUGCUGCUGCGUACUGUGCCUCCAAGGCCGCGAUCAUCAACAUGACCAGAUCCAAUGCGAUCGACUAUUCCGAAAACGGGAUCCGUGUGAACUGUGUUUGCCCAGGCGUAAUUGAGACGCCGAUGACAACUACCUCGCCCGAGAUGGUGGAAGCGCUCAAGCCGGCUAUCGAUAUAGCCCCUAUGAAAAGGAUGGGAACCGUUGAUGAGGUCUCCAAUGCAGUCCUUUUCUUAUGCUCGACGCAGGCGUCCUUCAUUCAAGGUCAUGCACUCGUGGUGGAUGGAGGAUACACCAUAAAUUGAUGGGUCCGACACAUGUAAACUAGCUUAAUCCCAUCCAUAAUCAC